GGCCGAGACCGAGGCGGCGGAGACUGAGGCGAAGGCGGCGGUUGCCUAGCCGGUGACGGUGCUCCCCCGGACCCCCUUCCAGGCCCCAUGGAGGCGGCGGCGGGCGGGGGCUGCGGCUCUGGGCCGCCUCUGCUGCUGAGCGAGGGCGAGCAGCAGUGCUACUCCGAGCUCUUCGCGCGUUGCGCCGCCGCCGGCGCCGCAGGCGGGGGCCCCGGGUCCGGGCCCCCUGAGGCCGCCAGAGCCGUCCCCAGCGCGGCCACCGCAGCCGCGGGCCCUGUGGCCGACCUGUUCCGGGCGUCACAGCUGCCCGCCGAGACGUUGCACCAGAUCACAGAACUGUGUGGUGCAAAGCGGGUUGGUUAUUUUGGUCCAACACAGUUUUACAUUGCCUUAAAAUUGAUUGCUGCAGCACAGUCUGGCCUUCCUGUACGGAUAGAGAGUAUUAAAUGUGAACUGCCGCUGCCUCGCUUUCUGAUGUCAAAGACCGAUGCUGAGAUCCGAUUUGGGAACCCGACUGAACUGCAUGGAACUAAGGUUCAGAUUCCAUAUUUAAUCACAGAAAAAAAUACCUUCAAAAGAAUGGACGAUGAGGAUAAACAGCAGGAAACACAGUCUCCCACGAUGUCACCCCUCGCCUCCCCUCCUUCUUCCCCGCCUCAUUACCAGAGGGUGCCCUUGAGCCAUGCCUACGGCAAACUGCGGAGCAACACGGAGCAGAUGCAUCCAGCUCCUUAUGAAGCUAGACAGCCCCUUGUCCAGCCUGAAGGACCCUCAUCGGGGGCCCCAGGAACCAAACCCCCUCGCCAUCAGGCUUCCCUUAUUCGGUCCUUUUCCAUGGAGAGAGAACCGCAGGAUAACAACAGUAAUUACCCAGAUGAACCCUGGAGGAUAACAGAAGAACAGCGCGAGUACUAUGUCAAUCAGUUCCGAUCCCUUCAGCCUGACCCGAGCUCCUUCAUUUCAGGUUCUGUGGCCAAGAACUUCUUCACCAAAUCAAAGCUUUCCAUUCCAGAACUCUCCUACAUAUGGGAACUGAGUGAUGCUGACUGUGAUGGAGCCCUGACCCUGCCUGAGUUCUGUGCUGCGUUUCAUCUCAUUGUGGCCCGGAAAAACGGCUACCCGCUGCCAGAGGGCCUGCCUCCGACUCUGCAGACAGAGUACCUGCAAGCAGCUUUUCCUAAGCCCAAGCGGGAGUGUGCAUUAUUUGAUUCUUAUUCUGAGUCAAUGCCUGCAAACCAACAACCCCGUGACUUGAAUCGGAUGGAGAAGCUAUCUGUUAAAGACAUGGCUGACUUUCCUGUCCCAACUCAAGAUGUGACUAGUGAUGACAAACAAGGUUUGAAAAGUACUGCGGAUGAAGCCUUACCAAAGGACGUGUCUGAGGAUCCAGCCACUUCUAAGGAUUCCAACAGCCUCAAAGCAAGACCAAGAUCCAGAUCUUACUCUAGCACCUCCAUAGAAGAGGCCAUGAAAAGGGGCGAGGACCCUCCCACCCCACCACCGCGGCCACAGAAAACCCACUCCAGAGCCUCCUCCUUGGAUCUGAAUAAAGUCUUCCAGCCCAGUGUGCCAGCUACUAAGUCAGGAUUGUUACCUCCGCCGCCUGCGCUCCCUCCAAGACCUUGUCCAUCACAGAUUUCCCAUCUCAGGGUAAACAGUAAGCGCAGUGCUCAGCGCAGGCCUCCAACUCAGCUGCCUAACUAUGGAGAUUUCAGACUGCAGAAACAGUCUGAGCAAGCACCUGAGGCUGAAAUACACCCCCAGCUGAACAGAGCCCCCUCCCAAGCUGCAGAGAGCAGUCCAGCAAAGAAGGACAUACCGUAUUCUCAGCCUCCAUCAAAGCCCAUCCGAAGGAAAUUCCGACCUGAAAACCCAGCUACAGAAAACCAAGACACUUCUACCGCUGUUGGUGGGCCAGCAUCGGCAGCGACUGUGAAACCCCACGCGGCAGUCCAAAAACAGUCUUCCAAACAGAAGAAGGCUAUUCAAACUGCUAUCCGCAAAAAUAAAGAGGCAAACGCGGUGCUGGCCCGGUUGAACAGUGAACUCCAGCAGCAGCUCAAGGAGGUUCAUCAAGAACGGAUUGCAUUGGAAAACCAAUUGGAACAACUUCGUCCAGUCACUGUGUUGUAAUCCCCAAGAUUCAAGUAACAGUGGGCGACUUUUUCUGCCAAGAUCUUUCCUUUGAAUGUUUCAACCCAACUACUUGUCAUAGAUGUCCAAGACUGUGUGAAAAGCUGUGAGCGGCAGAAUAUAAUCCAUAUUUCCUUUUCUCUUGUAGUUCACUUGUACCUUUUACUCUGGUGGAAAAAAUACAACCAGUUAUCACACUUGAAAUUGUAAUUAUCAGUGGAAUUUAUCUCACAUUCUUAAAUACUUCCUCAAGUUGUUAGAUGUUUCUCCUUACCAAAAACCAAUCUUCUAGCAAAUGAAAACAAGUUAGAGCAUUAUUUAUUUAAAGAAUUUAUGAUUUGUAUAAAACCUCAUAACCUAGUACCUUCAGGAUGCUUGUUUUAUUUUUGUAUGUAUAUCAAAUACAGUAGGUUGGUUUCCUGAAUAAUUGGGAUUCCAACUGGAUAGUCUUUGGCAUGAUGAUAAUAAAAACAAAAACUAAAACAAAAGCAUCAGAUUUAGACUGGCGCUGUGCCCUCUGCCACCAUAUGCCAAAACUGCUUCUUAGUGCCAUUUUGACAUUAUAUCUAGCUAUAAAUAAUACAUAACUAUUGUUUUCCGUUGGAUGGCAGAGAUUUAUUGGGUCUUUGCACCUCUGUAAAGUGGAAGUUUUGUCAGUGAUCUAUUUAACUUGGCCCAGCCAGGCCAUCAGCUCACAGAACUCGGUCCUUUCAUGUAAAUUUUUGUGCAAGAGCAAUCUGCUUUUUUAACUGCCUCACCCGCUUAAAUUGAACAAAUAGUUGCCAGAUCUCUACUUUUAUCCUGCAUGGGAUAACAUACCUGUAAAUGCAUGUAUUUGGAAACCGCCCGUCAGAUGCAAAAGGCUGAAGAGAUUGUUUGGACUGAUAAAUAUUUGUUGCUUGAACCCAGGUAUUCAACCUGGGGAAUAAGGGGAACUGGUUGUUACCAGCACUCCAACAACUCUGGGAGUUAUUUCUGUCCCUGUUAUUUUAACCUGAAUUGUGAUUGUAUUGAGUACAAAGAAAUAAUGAAAGAAACCCCAUCUUCACUCUGGGGGUACAGCUGUUCGUUCUGUGUGAAGUGCACCCUGGGGAAGUGAUUGGUUUAUGUACAGCCCAGCGGAGCCCAGCUGACUCCAGCGUGUGUGAUGUAAAACCAUGAGCUCAAAUUGCAGAAGCCAGCAUGCUGUAGAAACUUUGAUCACCUGCUCCCCCUGAAAGCUCAAGUUCAAAGUGGGAAUCGAUCGACCCUCACAGGGGUCAGGGCAUGCCUGCUUUAACAUCACUUUGAGAGACUGAUUAUAAGAAAUACCGUCUCUUGUGCAUUUUACUAAUUUACCCAUUCUUAGAGUAGACGGGUGGGGUGUGCCUACGGUCCUUUCUGAAGUGCUUUAGGAUGGGUUUGCGGUAUGUGGGAUCAAGCCUCCGGUUUCAGUAGGUUGGCGGCUCUUAGAAUAAGUGGGUGUUUAUUUAAUGCUUCCUUAUUUUACUUGCCAGCUUUAUCAAUAGCUUAAUAACAGAAGAGAAAGGCUCAAACAGAUGAUGUUUUCCCGAAGAAAAAUAAGUUGGUGGUUCUAUUCUGUGUGUAUUAAAGGAUGAUUUGGAAUUGAUUUGAUUUUGAAAAUCAAAAAGUUGAACUGUU